CCCGGCCGCAGCGCCAUCGCUGUGAGGGAGCGGCGCUCCCCCCAGCCCGGCCGCAGCGCCAUCGCUGUGAGGGAGCGGCGCUCCCGCCCGGCCGCAGCGCCAUCGCUGUGAGGGAGCGGCGCUCCCGCCCGGCCGCACCGCCAUCGCUGUGAGGGAGCGGCACUCCGGCCCGGCCCCAGCGCCAUCGCUGUGAGGGAGCGGCGCUCCCGCCCGGCCCUGCCCGGGCGCGCAUGCGCGCGGGGCGCGGGUCAGCUGAGCGCGGCUCGCCAUGGCGUCCAUCCUGGACGAGUACGAGGACUCCCUGCACCGCUCCGCCUCCGUGCCGCAGGGCCGCGCCAGCGUGGGCAUCCCGCACUCCGGAUAUGUCAAUGCACGACUGGAGAAGGAAACGCCAAUAUUUAACAAGCAGAGGAUUGAUUUUGCUCCUCCAGAGAAAAUCAACAGCUUAGUGGUCUCCUCUAACCAGCUCUGUAUGAGCCUUGGGAAAGACACCCUUCUCAGGAUUGAUCUUGGGAAGCCAGAUGAACCUAAUCAGGUAGAGCUGGGACGCAAAGAUGAAGCCAAAGUCUACAAGAUGUUUUUGGACCACACAGGCUCUCAUCUCCUGAUUGCUCUGAACACCAGCGAAUGCCUUUACCUGAACAGAAGUGUUCAGAAAGUGCGGGCACUCUCCCGCUGGAAAGGACACUUGAUUGAAAGUGUGGGCUGGAACAAAUUUCUUGGUACAGAAACCAACACAGGGCCUAUCCUGGUGGGGACAUCCCAGGGGCAGAUCUACGAGGCUGAAAUCUCUGUCAGUGAAGGAAGCCUCUUCAGCACUAACCCUGACCAGUACUUCCGGCAGGUCUACACUCUGGAGGAGGAAUCUGGACCUGCCCCAGUCUGCUGCUUGGAAAUUGAACGAGGGAUAGAAGGGAAAUUUUUUAUUAUAGCCACCACUAGGAAGAGACUCUUUCAGUUUGUUGGCAAAGUGCCUGAAGGGACAGAGCAGCAAGGCUUCAGCUCCAUAUUUGCUGUGCAUGCUGACCAUCUGCCCAGCUUUCGGGAGUUUCCAGCUAACUUGGGUUUCAGCGAGAUAGCCUUUUACACUCCAAAACUGCGUUCCAGCCCUCGCUCCUUUGCCUGGAUGAUGGGAAACGGUGUUUUAUAUGGUACAUUGGAUUACAGUCGUCCUGAUUCAAUUCUGAGCGAUGAGCGGGUCUGGGUUUAUCCUGCUGAUAUUGACAUAACUGUGAACAAGCCAAUAUCCAUUGUACUUACCCAGUUCCACUUCCUGUUGCUGCUGCCUGACCGAGUGAAGGCUGUCUGCACUCUGAAUGGACAGGUUGUUUUUCAGGAUCUGUUCCUGGAGAAGUUUGGCUCACUGACACGCAUGAUUAAAGAUCCCACAGUCCAGCAGAUAUGGAUCCACACUGAGAAAGUCGUGUUCCGCUACCAUGUCCAGCGGGAGUCUAGAGACGUGUGGAAGAUGUAUAUGAAUAUGAACAAAUUUGAUUUAGCAAAAGAGUAUUGUAAGGACCGACCAGAGUGUCUUGACAUUGUGUUGGCCAAAGAGGCAGAGCACUGCUUCCAAAACAAGAGGUAUCUGGACAGUGCCAAAUGUUACGCACUGACCCAGAACUACUUUGAGGAAAUUGCUCUGAAGUUCAUUGAAGCCAAGCAAGAAGAGGCCCUGAUGGAGUUUCUGAUUAAGAAGCUAAGUAACCUAAAGCCUUCAGAGAAGACACAGACCACUCUGCUAACCACAUGGUUGACAGAGCUGUACUUGAACUGGCUGGGUAUAUUGCAAGGCGACCCCUCACAGCGAAAUCUCUAUUUGGAUACACGGGAGAAGUUCCGCACUUUCCUGAGCAGUCCUAAAAACAAAGACUGUCUUUUUAAUAACCGGGCAUCUAUUUAUGAGCUGUUGGCAAGCCAUGGCGACACAGAGCACAUGGUCUACUUUGCAGUCAUCAUGCAGGAUUACGAGCGUGUAGUAUCUCACCACUGCCAGCAUGAUGAGUACGAUGAGGCUCUAAAUGUGUUGUCCAGGCACAGAGAUGAGAAACUCUUCUACAAGUUCUCUCCGGUUCUCAUCCAACAUAUUCCCAAGAAAGUGGUUGAUGCUUGGAUUUCUAUGGGCUCUAGACUGGAUGCCAGGAACCUCAUUCCAGCCCUUGUUAACUACAGCCAGAGUGCCAGCACCCAGCAGAUCAAUGAAGCCAUUAGAUACAUGGAGUUCUGUGUCUACCAGUUGGAGGAAACCCAGCAAGCCAUUCACAACUACCUGUUGUCUCUUUAUGCUUUGUGUCGGCCAGACUCGCUGCUGUCAUACCUGGAGCAAGCAGGAACCAACCCAAACAGGAUCCACUACGACCUGAAGUAUGCACUGCGCCUGUGUGCAGAGCACGGGCACCACCGUGCGUGUGUCCACAUUUACAAAGUGAUGGAAUUAUAUGAGGAGGCUGUGGAUCUCGCCUUACAGGUGGAUGUUGAUCUUGCCAAGUCCUGUGCAGAUCUUCCUGAAGAUGAUGAGGAACUCCGGAAGAAGCUGUGGUUGAAGAUCGCUCGCCAUGUUGUUCAGGAAGAGAAGGAUGUCAAGAAGGCAAUGGCCUGCCUCUCCAGCUGUGCUCUGCUGAAGAUUGAAGAUGUGCUGCCAUUCUUUCCAGACUUUGUCACUAUUGACCAUUUCAAGGAGGCAAUCUGUAACUCCCUGGAAGAUUACAACAAACACAUCGAGGAGCUGAAAAGGGAGAUGGAGGAAGCCACACAGAGUGCCAAGAGGAUCCGAGAGGACAUCCAGGAAAUGAGAAAUAAGUAUGGCUCUGUGGAACCUCAGGAAAAAUGUGCUGUUUGUGACUUUCCACUUCUAAACCGCCCCUUUUACCUUUUCCUGUGUGGUCACAUGUUUCACUAUGACUGUCUCCUCCAAGCAGUUUUCCCAAACCUUCCUGCCUAUAAGCAGGCAAAACUUGAAGAUCUUCAGAAGAAGCUAGCAGCUACCAGCCAGCCAUCCAAGAGCCACCAUCGUCCCAAGGAUGCAGACACCAUUAGCUUGGGGAAGGGGCAGCAGAGCCGGGAACAGAUCAAAGCUGACAUUGAUGAUAUUGUGGCAGCUGAAUGUGUGUACUGUGGUGAGCUGAUGAUCCGGUCCAUUGACAAGCCUUUUAUUGAUCCCCAAAAGUAUGACGAGGAAAUGCAAAGCUGGCUGUAGUUUUUCAAAUCUUCAACUAUCAAACAAAUUGUGAAGCUUCUGUGGUGGGUAUCUAACCUCCAGGAGCAGGAACACAGUGACUUCUGUGCAAAGGGUAGUGCAGUCUUUUUACCAGGGUUAGGGAGAACUAGUCUUGAGAAAUUGGGAGAUAUAGCUAUGGCUGUCUAAGAACUUUAACAAUACUUAGAGCUAACCUACUGGAAUAUAUUUAGCAGAUGUUUCUGCUUGCUGUUCUUCUGAGGUUCUCAAUGUGAAGCUAAAUGGAGUGCCUUGUUGUCCAGAAGGAAUUUGGAACAGCCUGUGAUUUAUCUGCCCUGUUGUGUGGUAUUUGUUUUGGUGAGGACAAGCUGAAAGAGAAAGGUAGUGAAGGCCACUAAGCAGUGUAGUCUUCAUUCAUAAUUUUCAAAGCUAGAAUUGCCCUGUGUUUCCUUUUUGUUGAGAUUCUAUAACCACAUACAUAGAACAUGAAAGGACAGAAGCUCUUACAUAUUUAUAUUUUGUAAACGUUAUGCUACACAAAUACAUGUUUCUAUACAAUGUGAUAAAAAAAUGUGUUUAAUUUUCAAGCAGGAGUGUCUCAUAAUGCACUAAAGUAAUUUGCCUGCAGUUCAAGAUGUAUAAUUCUCUUUCUCACAAGCUUUAUGCACAGGACUACACACAUUUGGACUUGCUGUAGGUACUGUUUCUCAAAAUGUCUGUUCACCCCUUCCUUCCUCUUCCCAUCCUGUUUCUACUGUGACUGCCUUUGUAUAGUGGGUCUUGGUUGUGUCUUCACCUCAAAUCAAAACUGGUAGAUGCAGUAGUAAGGUUUCAACUGAUACUGUGUAAGCAGGAGCACAAUCUGUUUGUAUUUCUUGCUGUGAUUCUCUUCAAGCUUCACUUAAGCAUUAGACUCAAGAUCUUGCCAGAGGUUUGCUCAAGGGUAGUCUACAGAAAAGUUCUGUUGGUGUGAAAUUUGCUUUGCCCUUUGAAGCUAGUACCUUGUGCCUAAACAGUAUUUUGCCUUCCACUUUUUGGAGAUGGCUGCAAGUCAGUGCUUCUAUCUAUUGCUCCAACCUGGAAAACUUUUCCCAGAAGGUAGCAGUCACUACGUUGGGAGUGAGAGAAAAAAGAUUUCGUUAGCACUUUAGCAAAGGUUCUUUGUUUUAAGAAAAUAAAAUUUUAAUUAGGUUUUGCUGUUUGGGACUGAAUCACAAAGUAGUAAUUGACAGAAGAAUUGAAUAUUCUAAAAGAAAAAAUAUAAUUAUUGUAAUUAAGGCAAUAGAAAAUAAUGUCUUCUGAAAAACCACCUCGAAUAUGUGUGCUUGUCUUAAAUACCUCUCUCAUUCUCCUAACCACUUACCCUGUUUGUAGGUUGUAGAAUUAGGUCUUCAUGUUGUUGUAGGAGAAUAUGUAUUGGUUUCCUCAAGGAUCUGACCUAAGAAUUCUGAGUUCAGAACUUCAGAAGAACAUCUAUGCUUUUGUUGGGAGCAUCAGCCUGGAAUGAAUGAAUUUCAUCUGUGUAAAAUGACAUGAGUAAUGAAAAACAGAUAUGAAAGAAGGAAGACCUGAGGUUUCAAGAUCCUCUUUUUGAUGGAGCCAUGGGAUAGGCAGUCCCAUUACCACCUGGUGGUGUUUGUUUGCUGGCUUGUCAGAAAGCACUGUUUCAGUGGUUCCAUUAAGUGGUGGUUCAGAAAACCCACGUGCUAGAGUUUUCUUUGGCUUUGAAUAAGUUAGUGGGUCUGGCAGAAGAAUUUGUGAUGAAAACUAAAUGUGAUGUCUUUUGAAGUUUACCAUUAAACCUGUUAUAACUGGCCACUCCUGUGAAUCAUCA